AACGUACGUACGAUCGAGUAUUACGGUAUACCCCGGUACUUAUUUUAUUCAUAAAAUAAAAAAUGGCUGCACAGACUCCAGGAAUCCAACAGCUUUUACAGGCAGAAAAGAAGGCCGCCGAGAGAGUUGCAGAGGCCAGAAAACGAAAAGCCAGGAGAUUAAAGCAAGCCAAAGAAGAAGCGCAACAGGAAAUAGAAGCAUACAAGAAGGAGAGGGAGACACAAUUUGAAGAAAUUCAACAAAAGUACUUGGGUUCCAAAGGAGAUCAGGCACGCGAAAUUGAGAUCCAGACCGCUGCUAAGAUCCAAGAGAUUAACCAGAGAGUAGGCCAAACUAGAGGGCAGGUCCUCAAUGAUCUAUUCAACAUGGUCUUUGACAUCAAACCAGAGCUACAUCAGAAUCUUCAAGUUUGAUUAUUAUAUUAAUUAUCCUUAGUUGAUUAUUUCACCUAUUUGGCCAAGAUGUUGGAAAUGAUAAGUACUCCGGGUCCUUUGAUUUGUGGUAUGCAAUACAUGUGCGUAUUUAGAAUGUAACUAGUGGUUAAGCAAUGGGUUGAUAUCCAGAUAUUUCAUGGACAUUUUUUUUCUUCUGACAAUUAAAUCAAACUUUCAUACUCAUAGGCCUCUCCCAUGCAGACUGAGUACAUUUACCCAUGCUUGUUUGUGAAUAUUACUUGUGAUGAGAAAUAUGUUCUGUAUAUUUUAUGACAUUGCAAUUAGAUUGCAUUCACUUCUGAAGAUCCAGAUAAGAGGAACUCGCCCUGAAAACCAGGCAUGUGAAUAAAAAAUCAAUCUCAAAAAGUCCAGCAUUUUUUUUUUAAUAUUUGCAUUUUUUCUGCAAUUUAUUCAUACAUGUAAAUCAAUAAUGUAUUAACAUUUUCACAUAACAAACAUAUAAAUGAAUACAUUUUAAAUGUGACAAUCGAAGUGAUAAAUAAUACUGACAAAGACUGAUCAUUAUUUAUACAUAAAGCAUGUGAUAUACUGUCGUAGGUUUGGUAAAAUACAGUGGCCAGCUAUUAUAAUCACAAAACUGCUUGAAGCAAUAGCAUCCAGGAGAUUGGCUGCUUAUUGGCACAAGGGUUGUAAUAAGGGCAAGUCCAUGCAGGCGGUCCACCGGUCACUGACUGAUGCUGCCGGUCACCUGUGCGAUUUCUUCCAGACUGGUUGACCGAUGAAAUAAAAAAACACAUCAUUUUUUGUAUUUCUUUAUUUUAACGGUCCACCGGUUUUUUGCCAAAAAAAAUCAUGGGCGCUAACUGGUCAAGAAAGAACAAACCCACAAUGAUUUGGCUUAAAAUCUUAUAAACUUUCUAUGAAAUAUUCAAUAUAUCUAUGUGGUGGAUUUUGUUUGUGUCAAUGUUUCCUCUUUGUAAUAGUUUGUAUAGGUUAGUAGUCUCUCUUUUGAAAUUUGUUAGGAAAAGAAUGGCAUCAUUCAGCAAAUAUUCAAAGAGAGGGCUUUUAUUCAACUACAGAUAAUGUUUCUCAUAUUAAAUGUUGGCCGUUUUUCUUCCAAUAACAAAGCAGAACGGACACAAGGCUCUGCUUUUGUAAUUCAGCAAAGAGUAUCAUGGUCACAUGAAAUCAAAAUCUGAAAGUCUGGGUGAAGUACUAGAAAGGUCGAAUACUGAUUUUCAUCAGAUGUGUUCAUGUGUAGUAUCAGGAUGAUAUGGGGCAUGUUUCAUGAUGAGAUGAGCGAUACAUAGGAACUACAGCAAAUCAAUUCUGUUGUACUGAAUGAGGCAGACCAACAAGCAUUAUGAUGCAACUUGUAACUUCCUUUUGAUUAUAUCAAUGUCAAACAUGUAACCAACAGUCAAAUAGAAUUUUCAAAAUUAUUUGGAAAUGUAGGUUCUCUACCAUUCUUUUUUGCAAAGAUUUGUCAAUUAUAUUUACCAGCACUUGAGACAAUUUUUCUUUUUCCAAUUAUUUUUUAUUGGACUUCUAAGUGCUGCAUUGUUUGAAGUAUGUGUAGUUGCAGCAAACCACACUUUCAGGAGAAAGUCGUUGAAAUCAAGGUCAAUUCUCACCAUAUCAUGGAAGAUCUAGAUUUAGUAUACAUGUAUUACAUAUACUUCCAAGUAAUGCUAUGAAUUCCUGAAAUAUUAGCAAAGAAUAACUUCCCUGAAGGUCACCAACAUAUAUAAGCAUAUGUGGGGUAGUGUAUUAUUGUUGAUUGGAAAGGGACUGAGCAUCUGAUGCUUACAUUGUCAAGUUUUCAGCAAUUACACAUUUACAUGUAACAGAGUAAUUUUGCACCAUUUUAUGAAUUCAUACGUACAUUCUCUACGCUGUUGGCCAUUUUGUUUUUACACUAACUUUUAGGUCAUCGCUAAGCCUAGUCAUCACCACAACUGGCAUUUGUAAAGUACAUUAAAUUCAUUAUUGACAUGUACAGGAAUACAUUCACCUGUAAUCAUGUUGAGAGUGCGUGCAGUCUCAUCCUUAGUGUCUCGUGGACCCCUUCUCAAUGAGAGCAGGUACCUGUUUGAUGAAGAAAAGAAGACCUCUAUCUUUAUAUGUAUAUGCCAUGACAAUUGAUGACACUUCUCAAAUCCUCCAGUUUUUUAAAAAUACAUCAAAGUUGGCAGUAGGAGUAAGGUGAAGAAACUGUAUACAUAAUGUACCCCUGUUUUUUGUCUUUUUCUUUUCCUUUCUGUUGUAGAUCUAUUUGAGUACCAAGUCAACUUUAAGUGUUCGUAACAUUCCAAUACAAUUGAAUUCAAUUUUUAUUAGGACUGAAAAA